GAAUUCUCUAAUAAUCAUGAAAGAAUGGAAACCUAAAGCAUGUAAGUGAACCGUAGUUGUUUGUAGACACUUGGUCCUGAAAAUCUCUGAGAUUGUGAGAAACCAUCAACAACUAGGUAAGAUAAAGACAGAUAUCUUGUCAGUGAAGAACAAUUUGAUGGAGGCGAUUGAAAUUCCUCCAGAAAUCACACAUUCUGCGAGAGGUGUUAGGAAAAGAGCAAAUCCUUUGAAAUCUCUCAACCCAAUCACUUUGGAGAGGGUUGACCAAGAGUCACGCAUGAAUCCGCCAGAUGCGCCAUUACUAAGGGAGUGCACAAAAAUUCAGGACCGGGCCAGAAGGUAUAAAAAGAUCAAAGGAAUCGGGUAUAAGAAUGCAUGAAAAUACUCAGAUAUUGACUCUGUAUUCACCUUCACGUUACACUCAAAACUUCAUAUUUCACUUUCCUCAGAUGUUGACAGCGAGGAAGAUUUUACCAAUAGGCUGCAGGAGCUUGAAAUGGGCACCAAACUAAGAAGGAAAUCAACAAUGGUUUCAACUCUCGGAUUCAAGCCUAAGAGCUCGAAGUUGCCUCUCCAGAGACGUACUAGUAUUGUCAGCAAAUUUCCAAUAGUGCGAAUUCCCAUGAAUGCAAUGAGGAAGAACUCUUGCUUAUCUCCUAUCAAAGAAGAUGAUCAAAGACAGAUCGAAUUCAAUGAUAAAGUAUAUAAUCUCCUUAAGAUAUGUAAUAAAAGAAAGAUUGAUCCAGAGGAAACUGCAGGUGAAGCCUUGCUCUUCCUGAACCAACUUGGCCGCAAACUUCUUGUCAAGCAACAGCAUAUUGUGAACAAUGUCUGCAAACAUGGCAACAUUGAAAAUUUGAAGAUUGAGAGUGUUUCAAGUAAUUUCUCACUCUCCUCUCAGGAAGAGACCGGGAAUACAUCCUUACCUAAAGGAAUGAUGUCUCCAAUAAAAACAAGGAAGCAAAUUCUCAAUACUAAUCUGAACUGUGAGCAGAAGAACACUCUGAACUUAUGGAGAGCCUACAAGGCUGGAGAUCAGCUGUCAAUGAGCUCGGAUAACUCAGAAGGAAAGAGGAACUCCUCUCAGACUCCAGAGAUGAGAGCGGUAUUCUUCCCAAAGGCAUCUCCAAAUGCUAAAUUGGAUGACGCUAAAAGCUGUAGAAAACUCAGCUCAAAGAAAUCUAAGAAAAAGAGAAGAGUCAAAACUAAGAAGCCAAAGGGAUCCAAGAAGGGCAAGAAGAAUGCUGAAGCCAAGCGCAAGAAUAUGGUAUACCUCUCCCAGAAAGUUACUAGUGGAGAGCAGUCACCCAAAAAGAGAAGAGUCCGUAGAAAAGUUAAGACGAAGCAGACCAAGGUCAACCAUCCAUGUAGUAGCAUUGUUGAGAAUUUGAACGACAUCCUUAACAACAUGGAUAACCUGAAGCCCAUUGAAGAGACCAAGUUCAGGAAACCUUCCAUCAGGAAGAUGUCUUGCGAGAUAAUUGGAGAAAAUGAGAUUACUAGUCCAAAGAAGAGUCCCAGAAAAUCUCCAAGGAAGCAAAGAACCAAAAGAAGACUCAAUUCCAAGAGAUCAAUUAAGAAGUUACCCAAGAACAAAGAGAAGAACGCAAAGAACAAUCUGAAGACAAUGAUGGAUAUCUCCAUGAUUGUUGCCAAUCUUGACGAAGUUCUGGCUGAUGAAGACUCAAAAGAGCCAGCGACCACGAGGGCUUCCAUGAGCAAGCUGAAUUCCCAAAACCAUGUCACUCAAAUACCAGCCAAGCUGAUUAGGUUUGGGUCGAUGACUCACUUCUAAUAAACCUAAAAAUACGAAAAUUAGAUUCCUAUUAAAUUUGCA